UAAAACGGGCGGAGCGAGAACACAUCCGGGACUUUUUCAUGUCCUCAGUUUGAUGCGUACUUCGAAUUGGAACAGUACUGAGGGGGGAAGAAGGUGGCGGACUGAGCAGUCGCAUCCGUCUGAACGCCUCACUAAAGUCCCGAUGUUUUCAUCUUGAAGUUAUUUAAUCCACUCCUUUGAGUUAUAUUGACGACGUUUCAGCCUGAACAUGAAGAAAAGCAACAACACUAAACCUCCGGCAGUGAAAAACCUCCCUUUCACAACUCAGAGAAACAGCGAGCAUGACUACACAGCCCCGAUGGAAACGGCUAAUUCCAGCAGCAACAAGAGGGACAGACUGUUAACAACCCCUGAUAAUACUCCCGAGAAACCACAUAUGGAGAAAAAAGCAAAAGGUACGGCUAAUGAUAACGACUCCAACACAUCCACUGACACUAUACUGAAAGCUAUUGAGAGUCUUGGAAAACGUGUUGAUGACCGCAUGGAUGAAGUUAGCAAACAAAUUCAACAACAUAGCGCCAUGCUGGCUUCCAUUGCUAAAUCGGUGCAGUUUAAUUCAGAGGAGCUGCAAGAAUGCAAAAAGAAAAUAAAACACCUGGAAAAAGAGAUUGAAUCACUCAAAAAAGAUAAUGACGACACUAAAGAUCGCGUAUUGAGCCAGGAAAGAUACAAAAGAAGAUGGUGUCUCCGUAUCAAAGGGAAAAAGGAGAAAAUAAAUGAAAAUAUCAGAGGAGAAGUGGUGGAACUUCUAGGAAGGAUUGCUCCGGACCUAAAGAUGAAGAUGGAAGAAGCGGUUGAUGUUGUCCACAGAGUGGGAAGAGCAGCGGAGAAUAAGCAUCGACAAAUCAUUAUUCUGUUUGUGAGACGUGCUGUGAGAGAUGACAUCUGGAGGCGAACAAAGGCUUCUCCCGUGUGCAAAGAAGAAGGCAUCCGCUUUGCUGAAGACCUGACCCCAGAGGACUGGAGAUCCAGACAAGCAUUGUGGCCAAAAAUCGACCAGGCUCGGAAGGAAGGCAAGGCUGCGGGCUUCAGAGGCCCUUUUGGUUUCAUAGAAGGCAAACGCAUCAGGGAAGAGACUCCAGGUACAGGCUGACAUCUGACUAUGAAAGGAAUAUACAGUGGAACAUUUCGGGUGAUGGGACUUUUACCUCAAGACUUUCCUACUCCACCUCCUAAACUUCCUCUUUAAAGCUGUUCAUGUGUUCCGUGUUCCAAUUGAAAACUAACAUUUCUUUUUUUUCCUUUAACACAAGGGGACUUAAAGACUCAAUUAAGCGCAAAGCUGUUUUUCUGUUCUGCAAGGGGCAACAGGCAAACUGUAUUUUUCUCCAGGAAACUCAUUCUGAGGAAUCUGAUGUGAAAUUUUGGUUACAACAAUGGGGAGAUAACAUUUUUUUAGUCAUGGUACAAACAGGUCGGCUGGGGUUGCUAUUUGUUUCACCAGAUAUCCUGGUAGGUUUUUGUGCAACUUGGCAGACAAAGAUGGACAUUGGGUUGCCUGUGUGCUAAAUACUGAUAAUACUCUGAUUACGUUGGUUAAUGUUUAUGGAUACAACAAUGAUCAAGAGAAUAAGAACCUGCUGCAUCAAAUUUCUACAGUUAUAAAGGAACUUAAUACCAAAUUCCCCACUGAUUAUAUAAUUGUUGGAGGUGAUUUCAAUGUGACUCCCGAUGAAUGGUUGGAUAGAUGGCCUUCAAAAUUUUCAAGUGAACAUAGAAACCCAAUAUUUGAAAAUUUUGCUAAUGAUACUAAAUUAAUAGAUGUAUGGAGAUUGUUAAACAAAGACGUAAAACAAUUCACCUGGCACAAACCCAAUGGUCAAAGCAGGUCACGUAUUGAUUAUUGGUUGGUAUCCAACUCAAUUUUACAAUAUGUUAAGGAAACAGUCAUCUCUAAUGGUCCCUUAAGUGACCAUUGCGCCAUUAUUCUAAGACUACAAAGCAAAGACCAAAACAACACAUUUAAGGAUUAUUGGAAAUUUAACUCUCAGAUGCUGAGAAAUGAGGAGUAUUGUAAUUCUAUUAAAAAAUUAAUCUUAGAUAUCCAGAAUGAUGAAGCCAUCAAUACACCGAUGCUCAAAUGGGAAUAUCUUAAAUUUAGAAUCAGAAAAACCUCAAUCGCAUUCAGUAAAAAGUUAAACAGACAAAGGAAAGAAGAGGAAUCAAAUGUAGUUAAAGAACUUAUGAAACUUUAUGAAUCUUUAUGGCAAAUUGAAUUGGACUGAGGAAGAAAAAGGAAAAAUUAACAGCUUACAAUCUAAAUUGGACGAAAUGUACCUUUAUACACAGCAAAUUCAAAAGUGUUAAAUGUAUUGGUGUUAGUAGUCUUCUUACAAAAGUAGAGUUAAUUUUACUCUUAGUAGAGUCACAUUCCUUUAAUGUAACUCUGAGGUGUAAAAUUAUAGUAGUUAAAACCGAGUGUUAAAAAUGAGUGUUUCUAUGUCAAAUCUGGAGGUGUUACAAUGGAAACAUUAACUCUUGAGCUCUUAACUCCGAACUCCUAGAGGGGCUAUGACACUAAUAGAGUAAAUUCACAGACUCCGCCCCCAGCACCACAGAUUCUGAUCCAAGCUGAAGUGAAGCCGUUUAAGGACAUUUUGCUCUACAUAUUUCUGAGUUGUUUUCCAUGCUUGAAUAUGCCGUGAAUAUGAAGGUGGAAUAUGGGGGAGAGCAGAAGUGCGUUGAAGUUCCACAAAGUGACGAAUGAAGGACAUGCAUAUUGUAUUGAAGAAAUAAGUGAUGAGAAUGCUGUUAUUUAUUUGCAUUUACC